AUGGCCAGUGCAAUAGAAAUCAUGGAGCUGACACUUGCCCCCCCGGGUCCACAUCAACCCCGGAUUCUCCCCGCACCCCAGGCCAGCCUCUCACACCGGCCGCCCUCCCAAUCUGACUUUAUGAACUCGCCUAUCAUUGCCUCGCGGAGAGGGGUCGGUAAUCCUCCACGGCAUUUGACCGCGCUUCCAUGCCUCAACGCGGCUUGA